CCGUCCCACACCGCAUCACACCGCCGUCUGUCCGUUCUCCCGGCGGAAAAAAAGCGCCCAUGUAUCGGCCGCCCUCACGACCUAAGACGGCUCCAGCGAAUGUGAACGGGCAUCGCUUUCGUGAGCGGGACAAGACGAAAGAGAGGCAGAUCUCAUCGCGCGAGUUUGGAGUCCAUUAUGAGACCGAGAAGCAGCGAGUGCUGCGGCGCGAGGCGGAACUUCACGGCUUGAUGUUGGAGCGCGAUGCUUGGCCUCCCAAUCAACAUGCGCCUUUGCAUCUGACUCCCAGAGAUACACGCUGCAAUACCACUUUGAAGACCAGAGACACCAAGCUCAAGCCCGUGGUGGACACCAUCGGGGAGUAUUGGGUGAGUGAAAUCCGCUUGCCCUAUUCCCCUGGCUACCCCGAGCUACGUCCCAAGCCCAACACCACGGGGCUCGGGACACCACGGGAAGCCUUCUGCGCAGUGAAGCAGGGGCGAUUUUUAGUGAAAGAAUCACCGCGGCCCAUCUUUGUCCAGGAGCCGUGGGCAGAUCGAGCACACGCCGAAUGGUGGAAGGACCAGCGCUGAAGGAAACGCGGUUUCACCUCCCUGGAAGUGUAAAAGACACGGACGUCGGGAGCUGCUUUGAGCGGCCAAAAAGGACAGACGACAAGAACAUACGGGAGAUGGCACAGUCAUCGGCUCAUGCUGGCACAGUGUGGCACAGUGAGCAACCAAAG